UCCUCUGAUCCUCGUGUGAUCGUGCUGGCCCGUCCGUGCUGCCCAGAGCUACUGGCGCCGCCCUGUCUGGACCCAGAGCCGCUCCCAGGAUCCCCCACCCGGCAGGAGCUGAGGACCCCAGAAUGCUGCAGACUCAGUGGGAGGUCUCUCUGGCCUGCAUGCCCGGACUCAGUCACCGCUCUGCACUUCCUCCAAGUGACAGCAGAGGAGCUGGCCCAGCCCCCGGCCCACAACACCCAGGCCCUGGGACCCUACUGGGAGCCGAUGUCUCUGGGGACUCCGGGCCCCCUGCCUCUGGACAGGGAUUCCAAGGCUAUGCAGACCCAGAUCAGCAAGAAAUGCCACAGCCUGGACGCCACAGGAACUCCCCCGGCCCCACCCCAGAGAAGGCGCCGGAAACAGCUGAAUCCCUGCCGGGGCACUGAGAAAGUGGACCCCGGGUUCCAGGGGGUGACUCUGAAGUUUCAGAUAAAGCCAGAUUCCAGCCUGCAGAUCAUCUCCACAUACAGCUUGGCCUGUAGCAGCCGCUCUCAGGGGCCCCCUGCAUGCCCCGCCAGGGCUCCAGAGGCCCACCCUGCAGGCAGUGAGGCCCUGGGGCCCCGGUGCUGUGCCUCAUGCAGGACCCAGACGACUCCACUCUGGAGAGAUGCCGAAGAUGGGACCCCUCUCUGCAAUGCCUGCGGUAUCAGGUACAAGAAGUAUGGCAUCCGCUGCUCUGGCUGUUGGCUGGUGCCCAGGAAGAGUGUCCAGCCCGGGAGGUUAUGUGGCAGAUGUGGAGUGGCCCUGGACCCACACCAAAGCCCAGUGCAGGCAGAUUAAGCCCUGAGCCUUCACUGAUUCCUCAUCUGGAGCAAAAAAAAAAAAAAAAAAAAGCUGUGAGCCAGUUCUGCCUCAGUUUCCCCAGAGGGAGAAUGGACAGAAGCUCUCCUAGGCGGAGUGGAUUAAGAGCCAACCUGCCCUGUGUCCCCAUUCAGGGAUCCCAAGGCAAAGACCCAGGCCACAGGCCCCAGAGCCUGUCUCAGGGGGUCACCUGUCCCCUGCUCGGUCCCUUCUCCAGUCAGGCUGGGCUGAGCCCCACUCAGGAAAUGCAGUUGGUAGUGAUAGUUAUA